AUGUCGCAUCAACAAAAUGGACAAUAUUUUCAAUGCUGACCAAAGAAAUUGAAAACUGCAGCCUUGUUAGACUAUAAUGUUCAUAAAAUAGUUGAAAUCCAAGUCACACCUCAAAACAUUCUCUUCACGAAAUUCCAAAAUUUUCAUUCAUAUAUUGAAAUUUCUUCCAUUAAUUAUAUUCCCUAAUCAACACAAAAUGACCAUUCUUGUUACCCUGCUUGUUAUUACAAAGCUACUAUUAUUAUUUUUCUUCAACUUUUCUUCUGCAACCGAUACCAUUACACAAUCCCAACCACUUUCCGAUGGCAGCACCUUGGUUUCUAAGGAUGGCACAUUUGAAUUGGGUUUCUUCAAUCCCGGUACUUCCACAAACCGCUAUGUUGGAAUUUGGUACAAAAAUAUCCCCGUAAGAAAAGUUGUUUGGCUUGCAAACCGUGAUAAUCCAAUCAAAGACAGUUCAAGCAAGCUGAUCAUAAGUCAUGAUGGAAACCUCGUACUUCUAAAUCAGAAUCAAUCAAGUAUAUGGUCAACAAACACAACAUCAACAUCAUCAUCAUCAUCAUCAAAGGUUCCGGUUGUGCAACUCUUGGACAAUGGAAACCUAGUACUUAAAAAUGACGGUGAGGAAAAUUUUCUGUGGCAGAGCUUUGAUUAUCCUAGUGAUACAAUAUUAGCAGGAAUGAAAGCUGGAUGGGACAAGAAAAAGGGUCUUAAUAGGAUUCUCGUUGCAUGGAAAAACUGGGAAGAUCCAUCUUCAAGUGAUUUUACUUCCGCUGUGGUACAAUCUCCUAGUCCUGAAAGUUUUAUUUUCAAAGGCACAACCAAAUAUUUCAGGACUGGACCAUGGACUGAUCGCCGAUCUAGUGGCGUAAUUGGAUUGGCAGAGAAUCCACUUUAUGAUUAUGAGUUUGUCAACAAUGAAGAUGAGGUAUAUUAUACGUUCACACUCAAAAAUACUUCUGUGGUUUCUAUACUUGUGUUGAACCAAACAAGUUCGGUUCGUCAACGCUUGAUUUGGAUUUCAGAAACCAAGUCAUGGAAUGUUUACCAAAACCUACCUCAGGAUAGUUGCGAUGUUUAUAAUGUUUGUGGAGAUAAUGGUUUGUGUGCGCUUAAUGAGUCACCUAUGUGUCAGUGUUUAGAUGGGUUCAAGCCGAAAUCGGCGCAGCAAUGGAAUGCAAUGGAUUGGAGACAAGGUUGUGUGCGUAAUGGUAAUUGGAGCUGUGGGGUGAAAGACAGAGAUGGGUUUAAGAAAAUUGCUGCGGUGAAACUGCCAGACACUGAACAUUCUUGGAUUGAUGAGAAAAUGACACUUAAGGAUUGUAAAGCUAAAUGUUUGGAAAAUUGUUCGUGUAGUGCUUACUCGAGUUUAGACUCGAGUGGAGCUGGUAUUGGUUGUUCUAUUUGGUUUGGUGAACUUGCUGAUCUUAGAAUUUCACAAACUGGACAAGACUUAUAUGUACGAAUCGAUGUUUCUGAUAUUGGUGGUAAAAAUGGACAUACCAAAACCAUAGUAUUGGCGGUUUCAAUUACAGUUUCAGUAGUUCUUGUGGUGUUAUUGGGAUUCAUCUACAUUUAUAUUAAAAAGGCAAAAUAUAAAGAGAAUGCCAUAAGAUCAGAAGAGAAAGAUGAAGACACACAUGAAGAUUUUGAGCUUCCUAUCUUUGAUCAAGCUACACUACUCAAGGCAACACAUAACUUCUCUUUUAAUAACAAACUUGGCGAAGGUGGUUUUGGACCCGUAUACAAGGGUACAUUGCUCGAUGGACGACAAAUUGCUGUUAAAAGGCUUUCAAAGAGUUCUGGACAAGGAAUAAAAGAGUUUAAAAAUGAAGUUGUGUUAUGUGCUAAACUUCAACACCGAAAUCUUGUAAAAGUUGUUGGAUGUUGUAUCGAAGGAGAAGAGAAAAUGUUGAUCUAUGAAUACAUGUCCAACAAAAGUCUUGAUUCAUUUCUCUUUGAUCCAUCUCAAAGUAAGUUGUUAGAUUGGUCCACGCGCUUUAACAUUCUAUUUGGAAUUGCUCGAGGACUUCUUUAUCUUCAUCAAGAUUCAAGAUUAAGGAUCAUACACAGAGAUUUGAAAGUGAGUAAUAUUUUAUUAGACGAUGAUAUGAAUCCAAAAAUUUCAGAUUUUGGCAUGGCUAGAAUGUGUGGAGGUGAUCAAAUCGAAGGGAUAACAAAUAGAAUAGUUGGCACAUACGGUUAUAUGGCACCUGAAUAUGCAAUUGAUGGAUUAUUCUCUAUAAAAUCAGAUGUAUUUAGCUUUGGUGUAUUAUUAUUAGAAAUUAUGAGUGGAAAGAAAAAUAGAGCACUUAACUACCAAGAGCAGGAUCAUAAUCUUAUUGGAUAUGCAUGGAGAUUAUGGAAAGAGAGCACUCCACUCGAAUUGAUCGAUGAUUAUUUAAGGGAUUCCUGUAUUGAAUCUGAAGCAUUACGUUGCAUUCAAAUUGGUCUAUUAUGCCUGCAAUAUCAUCCCGAUGAUAGACCCAGCAUGUCAUCCAUCGUUGUCAUGUUGAGUAGUGUAAAUACUUUGCCUGAACCAAAGGAACCUGGUUUCUUGAUUAAAAAAUUUUCAGUUGAAGGAGAACCUUCUUCUGGAAGACAAACAUCUUCUUCGGUAAAUGAAGUAACCAUCUCAUUAUUAGACGCUAGAUAGACAAAUAUGUGAAAUUAUAUAGUCAGAUACAAGUUAUAGAUAUUUGGGUCUCUUAAUAUUAAUUUUUGGGUUCAAUUUCUUACUGGUGCGUGUGUAAAAACACAUAGUGGAAUACUUCAACCACUUAAAUUGAGUUUAGAUACUUCAAAAAAUUAGUCUAUGUAAUUGUGUGUGAAAAUAUCUUAGGUUACCCAAAAGAAAAUUAUAUGUAAAAGAGUGUUGCUCUUACUUAAAUUUAUUGAUAUUUACUUACCAUAAUUAUUCCAUGAUAAAAUUUUCUUGGUAUAAAUCAAGGGUUGGUACUUGGAUUAACAAAGCUAUCAAGGGAAACUCGUUGGAGAUUAACUGGGAAAGGUUUAUGGAGAAGAUCUAUUGGGGAGAUUUUCGAUAAAGACUCACUAGGGAGAACAUUCCUUGGGGACGCUUCGCAAAGAGUUCCAGAGGAGCAUCAAACUCUAAAAAUAAAAGAAAGGGUUCCAAAAGAGCAUCGAAAAAAAUUAAAUGAGGUCCAGGACUCCGGGGAUGCAUCGAAUUUUAAAAAAAUUGGGUUAUGGAGGAGAAUCAAAAAAAUUAAAAGAGAGGAGCAUCAAAAAAAAUGUGAUCCGGAG